AUGGAGCACACCGGGAUCGAGGAGGUGAACCAGACGCACCAGCAGCAGCAUGAGCCCAUCAGCUUCGGGAUCGACCAGAUCCUCAACAGCUCGGACCAGUCCAGCGGCUGCAUGCUGCCCAACCGGACCGGCGACCCGGAUUACGCGCUGGCCCCCAACGUCUACAGCAACGGGUACAACAGCGUCUACAACCCGGCCUGCUCCAUGGCGGCGGGUCUGGCCGGCUCCUACAACGUCAACAUGAACAUGAACGUCAGUAUGAACAUGAACAUGAACGUUAACGUGAACUCGGGCGGCGCCGGAGGGGUGAUCAGGGUGCCGGCCCACAGACCCAUGCCGCCUCCGCCGCCGCCCGCCGCUGCUGCACCUCAUCCGCCCCCUUCGGCGCACCCGCCAUGCAUCGGACCCGGCAUCGCCUCGGUACCCGGGAUGGGCAUGGGGAAUGCGGCAAACUUCACCUUCCCGUGGAUGGAGAGCAGUAGGAGGUUUGCAAAGGACAAACUGACAGCUUCCCUCUCACCCUUCUCCGUGACCCGUCGUAUUGGCCACCCUUACCAGAACCGGACGCCGCCCAAGAGGAAAAAGCCUCGUACCUCCUUCAGCCGAGUUCAGAUCUGCGAACUGGAGAAACGUUUCCACCGGCAGAAGUACCUGGCGUCGGCUGAGCGCGCCACCUUGGCCAAGGCCCUGAAGAUGACGGAUGCACAAGUCAAGACCUGGUUUCAGAACAGACGGACAAAAUGGCGGAGACAGACUGCAGAGGAGAGAGAGGCCGAGAGGCAGCAGGCCAACCGACUGAUGCUGCAGCUUCAGCAGGAAGCUUUCCAGAAGACGUUGAGCCAGCCUCUGCAGCCGGAUCCGCUCUGCCUGCACAACUCCUCCCUGUACGCCCUGCAGAACCUGCAGCCCUGGGCAGACGACAAUAAGCUGACGGUCUAAAAGAGAGGAGGGCACUUUAUCCAUAAGUGCCAGGAAACAAAUGGACACCUCUGUACAUGCCCAACUAUCAAGACUGUCCCCUCUUUUGCCUCUGGAUCCCUCACAAGGCAGCAGAGACUCUCUGCCAAUAAUGGCAAAAAAAAGACCUCCUGUUUUUCGCUUUUGACUUUGUACAAUGUAGUAAAUGCAUGUUUCAACCCUUUUCUGUGUGCACUCGGAGGUAGCCUACCAUUGAAGUCAGCUGCCAUUGAGGUGGACUGCAGUGUUCAAGUGGUAGUGGAUUGGUGGAACU